AUGAAGGUCAAAUCCAUCAACAUCACCGACGUACUCACCGUGCAAAAGCCCAGCCGGCACAUCGCAUACACCGUGCAGGUGUCCACCCCAACGCGCUCCUGGUCCGUCAACAGGCGGUAUAACGACUUUGUGGCGCUUGAUGCUGAGCUCCGCAAGAGUACGGGCAAGGAGCCGCCAGCGCAACUCCCACCAAAGCACUGGUUUGCUCGGACGAUAAACGACGAGGAAAAGAUCCGCCAACGUCGCGUCCAGCUCGAGCAGUAUCUCCGUACCAUUUUAACGACAAAGGAUGCUCGAUGGCGCAAGGAGUAUGGCUUUGCCGACUUCCUCGCCGUUCCCGCGCCAACUAAAGCUGGGAGCUCGGGACAGCCAUUCACCGCGACAACAUGGGCGACUGAGCAGACGGCGGUCGCGGGCGUUUUGAGGCAAGCGCGGGCGGCGUUGCUGAAGCGAGAUGCGCUGGCGCGUGAGGGGAAUCCCGCUUCGCGAGCGAGCGGUGGCGAAGCUCGGCGCCUCCUUCGUGAUGCUGGACCCCGUAUCGAUAUGCUGGAAAAGUCCCUUCCCGAGCUCUCUCUCGCCGCAGGCGAGGAGCGCCGGCGCGAGGACAUGGUCGCCAACCUGCGUGCCGAAGUCGGCAACCUUCUCCGCAUGGCCGAGGCGGGAUACCGCCCACCACACCGCACGCCGCCACCCGAGGCCAAUAUGCCCGGCGCAAUGCCCGAGACCUCCUCCGCGUUUGCGCCCAAGGCGCGCGUGUUCGGCAAGAAGCCGCAGGAGACGACCGAGACGCGCGCACUGGACGACCGCGGCCUCGUCCAGCUCCAGCAGAGCAAGAUGGGACAGCAGGACGAGCAGCUCGGCGUGCUCUCGGGCCUGCUCCGCAAACAGCGGAGAAUGGGCGAGGAGAUUGCCGACGAGAUCGCCGUGCAGAAUGAGAUGCUCGACCAGCUCGAUGGGGACGUGACGAAGUUCGGGACCAAGAUGGCUCGCGCCAAGCGCGACUUGAACCGCUUCUAGAUCAUGACAUGACGACCGGACGACGAGGAUCCAGCUAUCCAGGAUGUAUUGUAGUACCACGAUUUAAUAAUACGACGACCACACUCAUUCACAUGAUGCACUUUUGUCACGGGGCGUGUAU